UAAUAUCAACUGUCCAAAAGACAAACUUUACUGAUGUCAUUUGCGAUUAAAAAAAAAUGACUGCCCUAAUUAAUUCAUAGAUGGCUUAUAGCAUUUUAUAUGGGGAUGACAGAGGCAUCCAAAAAUGGAACUUAAUUACCAUGUCACCUCACUCUUUGGGCUGCUUUCGGUGUAAGUUCCCAACUCUGGGCUUGGGCCUUGGCCCAUCUUCAAGUCCUGGAGACAACAAGCAGUGUUAGCUAGAAGCAUAUGCCCCGAACUACGCUUCAAUGACAAAGUCGCUCACGUCCUCUCUCAAUAUGCAUCACACAUAUCAUAUCAUUUGGAUGACAAUUACACCUCUAGGAGCUCUAGCUGCCAUGAAAAUUGAAAAACAGAUUAUAACGACCACUCGUUUGUGCACGGUCAGAGACACUAAUCACUGUCAUCGUCUCCUACCAAUCUCAAUUGCAAUUUGUCAAGUUUUUCUAAGUAUGUACUCGGGACAUUAGCAGCACUUGAAACAUGAGUCUUCCUCAAUUUAGCCUCCUCAGUUCAUCGCCACUCAAUCAGAAGAAAUGGCAAUUCCUUACUCAUCAACUACUCUGUUUACAGCAUCACAAUUCCAACUCUCACAGAAAUCACUGUCCCAUACCAAGUCCAUCACCAAGUGUUGUGAAAUCAGGGAACAAGUUUUAAAAUUCAAUAACAAUAAUGGGUUUUCUGAAACGAGUUUGCUGCAUCAUUCAGCUGCACUGAAGUCUCCGAGGCCGCGCAGGAUAAUCCUGGUUCGGCAUGGAGAAAGCGAAGGGAAUGUAGAUGAGAGUACCUACACAAGGGUUGCUGAUCCCAAGAUUGAACUGACAGAGAAAGGGAAGAUUGACGCAGAGCAAUGUGGAGAGACUAUUAGAGAACUAAUCAGUAAAGAUGGUGCCACUGACUGGAAGGUUUACUUCUAUGUUUCACCAUACAAAAGGACUCGUCAGACAUUGCAGCAUCUGGGUCGAGCAUUUGAGAGGUCAAGAAUUGCUGGUCUCAGAGAAGAACCUCGACUGAGAGAACAAGAUUUCGGGAAUUUUCAGGAUCGAGAGAAGAUGCGAGUUGAGAAAGCCAUUCGAAAUCGUUAUGGUCGAUUCUUCUACAGAUUUCCCAACGGUGAAUCUGCAGCAGAUGUUUAUGAUAGAAUCACAGGGUUCAGAGAAACACUGAAGUCAGACAUCGACGUUGGACGCUUUCAGCCUCCAGGAGAAAGAAAUCCAGAAAUGAAUCUGGUGAUAGUUUCACAUGGUCUCACACUGCGUGUGUUCCUAAUGAGGUGGUACAAGUGGACUGUGGAGCAAUUUGAGAGACUCAACAACUUGGGCAAUGGAAAAAUAAUUGUCAUGGGAAAAGGUUAUGGUGGAAGAUACAGUUUGUUGGUACAUCACACUAAAGAAGAGCUCAAAGAGUUUGGGUUGACAGAGGAAAUGCUGAUUGACCAGGAAUGGCAAAAAAUGGCAAAGAUUGGAGAACUGAACUAUGAUUGUCCAACAAUGAAGUCUUUUUUCCCCCAUUUUGAAGCCGAGGAAUGUGAAACCUUGUAUCACGGGGAGAUAUACUAGCUAUCAAAAUAUCAUCACAAACCAGAAGCGGGCAACUUGGCAUCCUAACUUCUGGACUAUAUCUUAGCAUAAGCUUAUUUUGUCAAGAAACUCUUCAGGAAUAUUGUGGCCAAUGCAGCGGGAAAAAAGUAUGACCAACUUUUCAUUUCAGCUUCCAUUUACAAUGGAAGACACUCAACAAUACACUUUCAUAAGGGAACAGAAGAUAAAUGUCUAUUCAACUAGCAAUGGGUGUCACAGGAUCUUCUCAACCUUCAAACUACAACUGCUGCUAUUGAGCUUCUGUACAAUAAAUAAGACACAAGCUUUUAGGCUUUAGAAUGACCAACAAAAUUUCUGGGUCAUAUCAGGUUCAAUCUUCAUCAUUGUCUCUCAUAUAUGCAAGAAAUAUCUAGAAAGUAAACAAAAUAGUCUAAUGAACCAGUUCGAGUAUCAUACCUGUUCUUAUUGGCUCUUUAUAUAUAACAGAAACCAAGUUCGAUGUUC